GUAGAGACGACUUUUUUUUUUAUUUUUUUGCAACCACUUAAAUAUUCUUUCUUGAGAAUUCUUUCUCUUUAAGCUAAAGAAAGUACAACUGCCCAGCAUGUCUCGUUUCUUCCGUAGUACUUCCGAUUCAGAAUCUGAUUCUGAGACCUCAUCCUCUGAAAAUGAAUCUCUCUACUCUCAGUCCGAUUCCGAGUAUGACUCUUCUGACGCCGAGAGUUAUCAUUCAGACAAUGAACAAAAAGAACAACAGCCCCGUAACCGUUUCUUGAGAGGCGGCAGCGACUCUGAAGAUUCCGAUGACGAGUCCAACCAGAAACGUCAAGCUAAAUCACAAAAGGAUAAACGACUCGAAGAAAUGGAAAAUGCUGUGAAGGCCAUCGAAAAUGGACAAAAAAAUAGUGAUUGGAAUCUGAUUGCCACUGAAUUCGAUAAAUUGACCAUCACUGUCAACAGAGCCACAUCAGGUUUUAACGCCAUUCCUAUGCCCAAGUUUUACAUCAAAAUUAUGGUUGAAAUCGAAGACUUUUUGGCUGAAAGUUUACAAAAAGAUAAAGGCAAUAAGAAGAAGAGUGGCAAUACCAAAGCUAUGAACAAUUUGAAGCAAAAACUCAGAAAGCUCAGUAAACAAUAUGAGGAGCUUAUUGCUGCUUAUAGAAAGGAUCCCGAAGAAUUUAUGAAAGAAGAAGAAGUUAAGGAGGAACCCGUCAAGCCAACCAAGCAAGAAGAGCAACAGACCGUUGCCACAGCUGAUGAUGAUGAAGGAUUCUCUUCAGUUGGUAAGGGUGGUAAAGUUACAGCUACUGUCACUCCUCAAAAUGUUUUAGCUCGUUUGAGAGACAUCUUGGAAAGUCGUGGUAAAAAGAAUACUGAUCGUAGCGAGCAAAUCAGCACUUUAGAAUCCUUGUUGGAGGCUGCCUCCUCUCCUUUCCAAAAGAUCUCUGUUCUGUUAGCCCUUCUUGCUUCUCGAUUCGAUAUCACUGGUGUCAAAGCACCUUUUAUGGAUCUCACUGCAUGGAACUCAUCUGCUAAGGAAUUCAAUACUUUACUCGAAGUUCUCGAAAAGAAUAGAUCUUUCGUUGUCACAGAAGAUGCUGAGGAUUUGGAUAAUGAAGAUAAAGAUAUUACUCCCAAAGAAGGCGAAGUUGUCAAGAUCCGUGGAUCAAUUCUCAGUUUUGUUGAACGUUUAGAUGAUGAAUUUACUAAAUCUCUCCAAAACAUCGACCCUCACGCCCCUGAUUAUAUUGAACGCCUCAAGGAUGAAGCUUCUGUCUACGCCAUGUUAGAUCGUGCACAAGUUUACUGUAAAGACACCGGUAUUAACUUUGCUCUUCCCAGAAUUGUUGCUCGUAAAUUGGACCAUGUUUAUUAUAAGCCUGAACAACUAGUUGCAUCUCUCCAAGUUGCCAGCAAAAAAUUGUUACCCGAGUACAUUGUUUCCAAAAUUGCUCAGACCGAAGAUGGCACCAAUACAGUCAAUCAGCUCUGUAAUUUCCUUUACAAGGAAGAUUCUACUGUCUUCCGUACUCGUGCCAUGCUCUGCCACAUUUACUAUUAUGCUCUUCACAAGAAGUUCCACACUGCUCGUGACUUGUUAUUAAUGUCUCACGUUCAAGAUAACAUUCACCAAGCUGACAUCUCUACGCAAAUCUUAUAUAACCGUGCCAUGGUUCAAAUCGGUAUUUGCGCUUUCCGUGAUGGAUUUAUCAAGGAAGCCCAUGCCGCUCUUUCUGAAAUCCAAGGUACCGGUCGUGUUAAAGAAUUAUUGGCCCAAGGUGUCCAAGCGCAACGUCAAACUGGCAACCCUGAAGUCGAUGCUGCUGAACGUCAACGUCAGCUGCCCUUCCACAUGCACAUCAACUUGGAACUUUUGGAAUGUAUUUUCUUGACUUGUUCUAUGCUUUUAGAAAUCCCUGCACAAGCCCAGGCUGGACCUAACGGCGGUAAGAAGUUUAUCUCCAAGCCUUUCCGCAGAUUAUUGGAUUACAAUGAACGUCAAGCCUUCAUUGGUCCCCCUGAAAAUACCAGAGAUCACAUCAUGAGCGCAGCUAAGGCUUUAGCUUCUGGUGAAUGGGAAAGGGCCAGAGAUUUCAUUUUAGCUAUCAAGGUUUGGGAUUUGAUGACAGAAACCAAGGAAAUCAAGGAAAUGCUUGUCCGCAAAAUCCAAGAAGAAGGUCUUCGCACUUACUUGUUCACCUAUUGCAGUUAUUAUGCUACUUUGGGUUUGAGCCAACUAUCCGCCAUGUUUGAUUUACCUGUCUCCACUGUUUCUGCGAUCGUUUCUAAGAUGAUCUUCAAUGAAGAGCUCGCUGCUUCUCUAGAUCAAGUUACUCAAUGCAUUGUUCUUCAUCAAGUUGAACUCUCUAGACUUCAAACAUUGGCUUUACAGUACUCUGAAAAAGUUGCCAAUCUUGUAGAUCAAAAUGAACGUGCAGCUCAUAUCAAUGGUGAUGGCAAUACCAAUAACAACAACAAUAGAAAUGCAAACUACACACAACAUCAACAUUCUUAUGCUCAACAUGUGCGUUCAUAAUGAAACCUGCUUUAAAUUUAUAAUUUUUUUGUAAAGAGUGUCCCUUUUCAUCUUUUUUUCCCCUUUUGUAUCAAGUAAUAAAAUACUAUAUAUGCACAUAUUCUACUCUCGUUGAUAAAGUUGUGUGUGCUCUCCCUUACCUUCUGAAAAUAAAUCACCAGCCUGUAACCGUGGAUCAUUGGAGAUCAGUAAGCUUCGCAAAAGUAUGCGUUUACAAUUG